UUAGAGAAGAAACUAGUGGAAAAUUUCUGAUCGGUAAUCUGAAAUGGCGGACGAAAGCAAAGCGGAGAUACCUGCGACAUGGGAUGCGUGCCUCGAUUUCGGCCUUCGUCGUUUCUUCUACUCUUCGCUCGCCGGCGCCGUCUUCGGCUUCCUUAUCUUCCGGAGUCCAGCAACACGUUGGGCAUCUAUAGCUUUUGGUGCUGGAGUGGGAAUAGGUUCGGCAUACUCAGAGUGCUCUCACCUCUAAUAUAUUCGGCACCCC